AUGCCUGAGGACCAGAAGCAGGAAAUUGCAGGUAGAUACUUUCUACCUCGCAAUUUGGAAGAGGCAGCACGCAUGCAGAAUCAGCAUGAGUGGCUGAAAGGAGGUGCUGGCGGAUUGAUCCUGGCACCUAUUGAUUUAGGACAUCAGGGGAUGCGUGUGUUGGACUCGGCCACAGCCGACGGAUACUGGAUACAAGAUGUCAAAUCAAUCUUUCCAGAGAGUACCCAGUUUGUAGGCUUUGAUAAUAUCCCUGAGGGAUACCCCCCUCUCCAUCCUCCCUUGGAAAUUGUCAAGCAAAAUCUUGUUGAUGAAUUCCCCACUGAGUGGGAAAACAACUUCGACUUCGUACACCAGCGUUUUGUCAUUCCCCUGUUUGCGGAGAGUGAGGUGCAGCCGGUCCUUCGCAAACUCAUUAAAUGCAUGAAACCAGGUGCUUGGAUCCAGCUAGUUGAGAUGGAUUUCAAAACUCCGGUUUCAGAACCCCUUGAAGCUUGCCAGGCUGCUCAGAAGUUUCAUGAGCUCACAAGCUCGGUAGUAUCUGACCCUCUCGCUUCCACAAAACUAGCCGACAGAUUGAAUGAGGAGGGUCUCGCAGAUGUUGGCUAUAAGACGGUAGAUAUGAUAGCAGGCUCUUCUCAUCCGGAUCCUGCACUGGGAGAGCGGGGACGACGUAAUAUGUCGUCCGUGAUGGCCUACUUCCAGUCUGUGUCUAGCGCCGAGAAAGUGGGAAUGACAGAGCAGGAAUGGGCUUCCUUGCCUAAGAAGUUCGAAGAUGAGAUGAGCAAGUAUAAGAUCGCCGUUCGUGUCUACUUCGUCUGGGGUCGGAAGCCAGUAGUGUAG